UCAUUGUCGUCAAAUUGUAGCCCAUUCAUUUUUUUAUUUUCCAUUCAUUGUUUGAAGCGCCGUGUAACGUGUGGGAUGUAGUAAAACUCGUGAUUUAUUUUUUAUUGUGAAUUUUGGUUUUGUGUAAAUGGGUGUUGGUGAAAAUCAGUGAAGUGUUCAUGUGGAGUGCAUUAUUUAUUUCAUAACAGGAAAUAUCGAUCUGCUCCAAGCAACCAGAAGACUGACUAUGUUAUAUAAGCGACAUUGUACACGAAUCGGACACGGUCGCUGACGUGAUGGCGGCGCCGGCGAUCGCGCAGGGUGCGAUCGACGAGGCGCAGGAGACGCUGCUGGUGAAGGCGCAACACCCGCAAGUGGUCACCGCUAAGUCGUCGAAGAAAGUGACGCUGCCGGAGGAUGAUGAUGGCAAAGUCGGCAGGUUCACCAUCGGCCCGGCGCCGGAGCGCGACUGGGAGAUGGUCCCGCCGGACGGCCGGUGGGGGUGGUGCGUGCUAGUCGGCGCGACUCUAGUGAACAUACUGAUACCGGGCACGAUAAAAUCGUUCGGCGUGCUCCUCGUGGAGUUCAACGACGUGUUCGAGGCGAGCGCGUCCGCGUCCUCCGGGAUCGUCGCGCUGUGCUACUUCCUGUACAGCAGUUUGGGUCCACUCUCGUCCAUACUCUCCGUGAAAUGGUCGUACCGUACCGUGACGCUGAUCGGCGGCAGUUUCGCUGCAUUGGGCAUGAUAUUCAGCAGCUGGGCGUUCUCGAUAGGCUACCUGUACUUCAGUUUCGGCGCGAUGGUCGGCACCGGCGCGGGGCUCGCGUUCCCGCCGACCGUUUACAUAGUGACGUCAUACUUUGUCCGGCUGCGCGGGCUCGCCAACGGCAUCUGCAUGUCCGGCUCGGCGUUCGGCAGCAUCAUACUGCCGCCGGUGCUGCGCUACCUGCUCGAGACGUACGGAUACAAGGGGGCGGUACUAAUUCUGGGGGGGAUCAUGUUGAACGUGUGGGCCGCGGCGUUGCUGUUCCAGCCCGUGGAGGAGCAUAUGGUGAAGAAAUUCAAGGAGCCGGUGGACGAUGAGGAAGGCCCGCAGGACGAUAUUCUUUUCGAGGAGGAGGAGCCAAUAGAGACGUACAACAUGACCAGCGUGCAGAACGGUCAGCCAGAUGGCAUCGCGAACGAGAGCUCCGAACGGAAUCUCUCGCUGGUCCAAAUACACAGUCAAAGAAACUCGAGCCAGAACCUCAGGCAUAACGUGUCGAAACGCAAACUGUCCUACACGCGUCCUAUAACUAAAGCUGCGUUGAGCUCCGCUUCCAUGGCGCCGGACGGUGUUCCGGAUUCGAAGAGGUUGGGCUCCACCGAAACCUUCGGCAGACGCCUCAGCACCACCAAAAGGAACAUGUCCACAACGAGUUUCGCGUACGUGUCCACCCCCUUCCACGGCUCCACGCUCUCCGCCUUCGACCAGCCCAACGAAUUCGCCUCGCAGUUCUCGUUGAAGUCCAUCACGGACAGCGUAGCGGACGUCGCGUACUGUUGCUUCUGUUGCAAGCGGAAACAGAGGAAGGAGCCGAGCAAAUUUUUCGAUGUGUCCCUCUUGAGUGAUCCCACGUACUUGGUUAUAUUGAUAUCCAGUAGCACCGUGGCUAUAUCGGUGACGAAUUUUAUUAUAUUGCUACCCUCAUACGCGCAAAACAUAGGUUACGAUAAGUCGAGAGGCGCGUUGUUGCUCAGUACGGUGUCAGCGCUCGACCUGGUCGGACGCAUCGGCGGCUCCGCGCUCUGCGAUUUGAACAUAAUGCCUAAAACGUUCUAUUUCGUCGGCGGCUUAUUCUUCUCCGGCAUCAUUUUGACAGCUAUACCGUUCCUCGAAUCGUACACAACGCUGAGCAUAUUCUGUGCGCUGUUCGGUCUGUCGUCCGGUAUAAAUAACGGUGUCACGACGCUAGUGAUGGCCGAAAUCCUCGGUGUCGAUAGAUUGAUGUCGACAUACGGUAUUAGCUUGUUCGUGAAUGGCUUGCUGCAGCUGAUAGGGCCGCCGGUGUGCGGGCUGUGGUACGAGCACGAUAAAAACUAUGUGAACAUGUUUGUGACCUUCGGUUUUAUAUUUAUAGCUGGUUCCUCUCUAUGGUUGUUCAUGCCGUUGGAGACAUUUAUCGAAGAGGACCCCAACGAACUCAAUCUAUCAAACCCAAAAUUAGUUUUCACAUCCGAAGAUGACCACGCAGAGAGAUGUCCGAACGGCUCCCCGCCGAUCCACAAGCCUAGAUCACACGUAAAUCUAGACGAUAGAUCUGACUUCGCACGCUCGGCUAGCGCCACGCAAUUCACCAAAAACGAAGAGAGGACACGCAAAAUAUCGACACCGUCAAAACACGGUAUACAGCACAUCUCUAGCAAAAUAUCGAAUCACCUACCUAGCAACCCGUCACUAUUAGAAUCCGUGCCGGAAGGAAAGUCCAGCCGAGUGAACUCGCAAGACGGCUUCGGUAAAAAACUGGUGCUGCCCAAAACACCGAAACGCAGUCCGUCCACGUCCAGCUUCCAGUAUAUGUCCACACCGUUUCACGGUUCGACGCUCUCCGCUUUUGAGAAACCGAGCGAAUUCGCUUCGCAAUUCAGUCUUAAGUCAGUCACGGACAGUCUGGCGCCCAUAUCUUAUUGCUGCGGCUGCAAAAAGCGUAAAGAGGACGACGCCAAAAAAGAGCCCAACAAGUACUUUGAUGUGCAGCUCUUAAAGGACCCCAUUUAUUUAGUGAUCCUCAUAUCGAACUGCACUUGCGCUAUAUCGUAUACAAACUUCAUUAUUUUAGUGCCGUCGUAUGCGAAAGAGUGUGGUUUCGACAAAUCUUUGGGCGCGUAUUUAUUAUCUAUAAUAUCCGCGUUAGAUCUGGUCGGCAGAAUUGGCGGGUCCGCGCUGUCAGAUAUCGUUUUGACACCGAAGCGUUAUUUUUUCAUCACCGGCCUGCUGUUUUCCGGUAUUAGUUUGUCUAUGAUACCGCUGGUGUCGUCGUAUUCAGCUAUAAGUGCGUUUUGUUGCGUAUUCGGUAUCGCAUCCGGUAUCAACGUGGGUGUAACUGCGUUGGUUAUGACGGAGAUGUUAGGUACGGAAAGAUUGAUGUCGUCUUAUGGUAUUAGUUUAUUUGUGAAUGGCAUUCUACAGCUUAUAGGUCCACCGAUUUGUGGCGCUUGGUUCGAAUAUACGCAGUCGUAUAAGUCUCUUUUUGUGACGCUAGGGUUCAUAUUAAUUUUUGGCGCGUCGUUGUGGAUUUUUGUACCGAUAAUCCAUAGACGACGCAGGAUGCGCGAGAAUGCUGAAAAAGCAUAGUACACGCUUUCCAUAGAUAAAUGGUUGAUGGGAUACAAUUGUUACUUUUCUUAUCUGUGCGUUUAUUAUUCUUUUGACAUUUAUUUGAAUAACAAGAUUUCCGAAUUUUUAUUUUUUUUUUAUAAUGUUCGAUUUAACUAUUAGUUUUAGAAAUAUGUUUCAUAUAUAAUGAAAUUGGGCUUAAAAUUAUAUGCAUGUACGGUUUUUAAAUGAAUUUAUUUAGUUGAACAAAGUGCAAUUCUUUGAACGUUUUAGAUUAUAAGUAGAACGCUUUACGCUAUAUCUAUGUACCAAUCAAAAUAUAUAUUUUAUCUGCUGAAGCAAGUGGAUAACAAAAAAUAAUGCUUGAUUUGUAAGAAUGUUUAAAAUAUUCGUCACAUGCUAAAUAAAAAUAAAUGAAUAAUCAGACGGACUUUUUCAAAAAAGAGGUUGAUAGGGCAGUUCAAGAGUAUUUGUAAAUAAAAGUAAUAAUUUGUCUAUGGUAUAUCUAAAUAAACCAUGUAUUUCGAAUGGUGCAAACACCGUGUUCAUUAUUUAAAACUUAAAUCAUGAAUCAGUAUUGAAUAUUCUUUAAUUUUCACUUGAAUGUUUCCUAUUUACUGGUUUGUAUAAUGUGAUAUAUUUGUGAUCCUAUUAAAUGUAAACAUCAGUAAUCUCAUAUUAAACACAAAUGAAUCAAUAUAAUUUUAAAUUUAAUUAUGUAGCCAAAUUUUCGAUCAUAGAUAACUUGUAUCAUAUGUGAAUUUUGUAUCAAUAUGCUAAGAAAAUUUAAGAGAAUGUCAAACGGUUUUUGGCGGGAAAAGAUGUUCUUUGUAUGAAUUUUCCUAACAAUAAAAGUCAAUGCUAUACUUAUAAAGUUAAAGCAAUGAGUAACGAUUAAUUGUCAGUGUCAAAUAAAAAUUAUGAUUGUUUUUAUUUAAAAUUUGGUUGUAUAUUUAAAUUUAACUACGUAUUUGAAAAGUAAGUAUUAAUUUAAAAAUGAUAGUUAAAUACAGCGCGUUCCUGCGCUUGCAUUUAGUGAAAUAGACAUAAUAGUGAAAUUUCUAGAACCACUGAAUUCAAAUGAAUUUGUACUAAACUACGCAAUUGAAUUGAACCAAUAUCUACAGCUUUUUAACUAAACAUUCAGGAAUGGUCAGCAAUAAUAUUAAUUAUUUAAAAAAUAGAUAUAAUACAAAAUUUAACUCAUGAUGAUGAGGCGAUUUUCUAAAAAAUUAUUAGUAUGUUAAAGUUAUCGUGAUAUAUAAAAGAAAGCCUCGAAUAGGAGAAAAUAGAUUCUACAUGUUAAGUAAAAGUAUAACGUAGAAAAUUGCUAUGAUGAAUAAUAAUCUUGUACAUAAAUAAUAACUUAACGCUUAAUCUGUCAAUUUAUAUCUCCAAUGCCUUAUAAAAUGUUUCAAAUAACAUAAUAUUAAUGAGCCAAUUCUUGUAAUUAUAAAAAAAAAAUGUUACCAAUUGUUACCAUAGAAAAAAAUAUCAACUUGGUUUAUAUUUCUAUUAUAUGGGUUAAAAUGUUGUAAGCUAUUUCUUUGAAGUGAUAACUUCAGAUGGAGGGUAAACCAGUUCGUUACGUAACGCAUCACGGCGCCAGUGUGGCUUCCCUUUCAUCACGCAUACGGUUAAUUGAUUUUAAGUUAUCGCUUCUGACGGCCUUUCUGAUACGCACGCUUUAUAAUGUGGGAUACGAUAAUUUAAAUAA